AUGUCAUGGCCAGAGGUCACCAGUUCGCUGCCGUUGCAGCUGCUGGUAGGUAGCAGCGUUCUUGUUGCAGUCAUUUACACGUUCCGCGACGCGUUCUACCCUCGGCCCCUGGAUUUUAUCCCUUACAACGCAGAAGCCAAGGAGCGCAUCUUGGGCGAUCUCCCCGACAUCAAGGCCGUUGGUAGUGUGACCAAUUGGCUAGCCGUUCAACCGACAAAGCACCAGUCACCUCUAUUCCAGGCCUUUGUCGCCCCGUUUGGAAAGCCAUGGGUUGUGGUCGCGGACCAUCAUGAGGCGGCCGACAUUUGCAUGCACCGCCUCAAGGAGUUUGACCGGGCCAGAGUAACCAUCUCUGUCUUCGGGGGCAUUAUCCCUGGCGGCCAGCUCACUCUCAAGAGUUCUGAUCCCCAAUUCCGAAGGAACAAGGAACUUGUCAAAGAUUUGAUGACACCGUCUUUCCUGGCCGAGAUUUCUGCCCCUGAGAUCUACGACAAGUUUGCUAGACUUCUUAAGCUCUGGGAGUGCAAGGCUAUCCUAUCCAAGGGACGUCCUUUCGGUGCAUCCCGCGAGAUUCACCAUGCCGCUCUUGAUAUUAUCGUCUGCGUUGCGUUCGGUCUUGAGCCUGAUCAGACACAGCUGGUCAGGGCCCUUGAGGCUCUUGACGCCGAUCACGAUAGUGAAAUCAAUGCAACCGGAGGGCCUGAUGAUGAAUUCGUCUUCAAGGAGGAACCUCUUGCUGAAGAACUCGAGGCUUUCACCAGAAUGUCUGACAGUGUAGCCAUGAGUAUCAGGUCCCCUUCGCCCCGCCUGUUUCAUUUCCUCUAUGGUCACCUUUCCUCUGUCAUGAGAAACGCCCACCGUCUGGCUGCACGUUUACAACAACGUGAAAUCGCGAAUGGCCUUGAACGCCGCCGUACUGGGCAGGCUCAACGGUGCGCUGUGGAUCAGAUUCUCGCUCGAGAGGAGGCCAUGGCAGAGAAGGAGGGCAGAAAACCUGAUUACUACUCACAGACGAUCACAAGCGAGCUGAUGACAUAUCUCAUCGGUGGCCACGAGACCACUUCGUCCGCUCUGCGGUGGGGAAUAAGUUAUCUCAGCAGUGACCAGCGUGUCCAGGCUCGCCUCCGGGAGGCACUUGAUCAAGCUCAUCCCCAGGCUAGAGCUGAGAAGCGGCUCCCUUCCCUCGAAGAGAUCAUCCAGGCCCGGGUGCCAUACCUCGAUGCCGUCGUCGAGGAGGUGCUCCGCCACUCACGUCCCCUGGCCAUGUGCAUGCGUGAGGCGCAGACAGACACGCAGAUUCUGGGCGCACACAUCCCCAAGGGCACGACAGUCGUGUUCCUAGCCAACGGACCAAGUGUCUUCACACCGAGGAUACAGUUUGACGAGUCUCGUCAGAGCGAGUGGGCUACAUCACGAAGGGAGAAGCAUCCUGUCAACGAUGAGAUCGACAUAGGGGCUUUCUCCCCUGAGAGGUGGCUUCGAGUAGAGAAGCAUGAGGAUGGCACCGAGGAGACGGUGUUCGACGCAAACCUGUUCCCUAUUCAAGCGUUCGGGCUCGGUCCGAGAGCGUGUUUUGGUAGGAGGUUGGCAUACCGCGAGAUGAAGAUCUUUUUCACGCUCAUAACGUGGAAAUUUGAACUCUUGUCGUUGCCAGACGCUCUGGCAGUACCCAAGGAGGUUUUCUCCCUCACCCGAAACCCCAAAGAGGUUUAUGUCAAGCUACGAUCUCGAGUUUACUAG